AUGGCGGUGCGGCUGGCGAUGGGCGUGUGGCUGCUGCUGCUGCUGCUGGCGGCAGCUCCGGUGCACUCGGCAGCGCCCCGGCACGCUGCGGUGCUGCCCGAUGGCGGGGGCAGUGGAGAUGGCGAGGAGGUCUCGGCCGCACCGCCUGUCCACCCCGUGACGCCGGGGACCGGCCCGACGGUGGGGGACGUGGUGGGGACCACAGUCACCAACAGCUCUGCACCGGGCGGCAUGCUGGAUGGACUGGUGGACUUCUUCAAGGAGUACAUGCUGCUGGUGGUGGUGGUGGGCUCGCUGGCCUUCGUCCUCCUCUUCAUCAUCUGCGCUGCCGUCAUCGUCCGGCAGAAGCACAAAGCGUCCGCCUACUACCCCUCCUCCUUCCCCAAGAAGAAGUACGUGGACCAGCGGGACAAGGCAGGGGGGGCCCGGGCUUUCAACGAGGUGCCUGAGAAAGCCCCCGACCCCGGCGCCGAGGAGCCCCUUGACUGCAGCCGGCAGCUGCAGGCAGACAUCCUCGCUGCCGCCCAGAACCUCAAAUCCCCCCCCAAGACACCGCUGGCCAACGGGGCCCGAGGGGAGCAGAAACCCCCCACCGAGGAGGAGGAGGAGGAGGAGGAGGAAGGAAGCAAAAAGUUAGGCGAGGAGCAACCCGCCGAGCCCCCUCCCCAAAAUCCAGGCACCGAGGAAGCGGCCGGUGCAACAGGAGCAGGGGGUGAGGGGGCCCCCAACGCAGCCCAGGAUGGCCCCCCGGACCCCCCCAGCAUCUAG